GCCAGUCUGGCUCUCCGACUCCUGCAGCACACACACUCGAUCAGGAGCCGAGCUUGCGCAGGUGAGAGACUGGCUCGCCGGGCAACAGGGAAAGCUUUUCAUUCCCAUCCGGUGAACAUCUGGUCGACAUUUCAAGCUUUGGACAUUAUUUCGCUCAGUGAUUUUGGCGUGUUUUGUGCCCAGCGACGUAAGGGAGUCGUGCAGUAUUGUAGUGAGGAAAUAAAUUACUGAAAUAUUUCUUAUAGGCUACAAGCUAAUGAAAAACAAGUGACAAAAUCUACAAAACCUGAACCUGCGAUCAUAAUGGAGCUUUCCAGUGAAAAUAUUGGUGGACAUAUAAUUCGGGAGACGGAGCUCCCGCUUCCUCCAAAAGAUUCGAGUCAUGUUGCUCUGAGCGGAUCGUCUCAAGCAAAUGCGAGUGAGCCCGAGAUCACGACUUUCAGGAGACGGAAAAGAAGCUACGACAGUUGUGAUAGUGACUCGGAUGAUGGCAGCAACAAAUGCUUAAAACUGGAUUACGACUCAGACUCCGUGGGGAAUUGUCUCGUAAAAGUAAGCGAUCGGAAGUUCGACAGCUACGCCGGGCUUUCGAGCGCUCAAAGGUGGAAAGGUAAAUACCAGUUUCUAACAUCUUACAGUCUGCGGCCGCGACAAAGGUUGAGGAAAUGCUGGAGCGAAGGAGAUGCUGACAUAGUAUCAAAUAGCGGGUCACGAAAGGGCAGUCGUUGUCGGAUGGCAAAUCGAGUCACUUUGUCAAAGUAUCGACGAAACACAGCCAAUGCGCGAGAGCGAGAACGAAUGCGCGAAAUUAAUUCCGCUUUCACCACCUUGAGAGGAGUGCUGCCUAGGUUUGCUACCGCUCAGAUGGCAUCAAUGACAAAAAUUACGACGUUGCAGCUGGCCUCGUCGUACAUCCGAGCGCUCUCAAACAUGCUAAAGGAGUCCGAGAAAGAUAAUCUGAUGAAUGAUGGCACGCAUCAGAAGACCUCAGCAUCAUCAUCAGUUGGCCGACCAAAUUUGGCCCCACACGAGUUCAACAAUAACACCAGUUUAUCAAACAUGAAUUUUGAGUCAGAAGAUAAAAAAAACAGCGCUUGGGAUGUGAAAUUCGAGUCAAAAGAGAACACCAGCUGCAGCGAUGAGGCAGCAGCCGGGGCGGACUUUUCUUUGGACACAUUCUUGGCUAGAGAAGCGGCCGAUGCCUCGUCCUGCGCUGUAGCCGGACCCCGGCUACAGCCAAACUCCGACGAUCAGCAACAUAACGACGAAGAAAUUAUCUUGUGGAACGACAUAAGCUCUGAUCAAAACUUCAACUGGGAUUCAAAUUAACAGGUGACGUCGAUGCCAGCGAAAGUUCAGUGGAUGUUGGAAGCCCUCCACCACUCCUCCAGGAUGGAUGGAUGGAUGGAUGGAUGAUCUCGCAGUGUGAUGGCAACGUUCAUUUACUAUUUAAUAUGAUGCGUUAUGCAUGAAAUAAGAAUAGAAAUUAUUUAUUUUCUGAGCUUAGGUAAACUUCCUUAUAAUUUUUCUAAAACUAAAGCGAAAUUCGAAGUCUUUCGCAGUUCGAGGGGAGUCCAUUCAUGUAUACAACGUGAAUGCAAAUGAAUGCAUUCAUGUAUAUUAUAUUUUAUCCAAUUGGUCUAUUUAGAGCGACAAUAAUUGUAUACAUUAUUAACGACUACUGUGUUAAAUAUUGUUGAAUUUUGCGUAAAGUGUCUCAUUCGCGGGUCCUAAUUUAUCAUGAAUGUAACUGAGUACCGCAGAGCAUAGAUGGUUAUUACGUCUUAAUAGAAAACGCUGGGCUGAAUUGACUCUAGUCCAUGGAAAUAAGUGAUCUUCUUAAUGAAUUUCAAUGAAUUAGCAAUUCGUUCUAGGAUAGACUACUUUGUCGUCGUACCUCUUAUAAGCCUCCAAAUAUUCCAUGGUCAAUUUAAAGCAAGUAAAUUUCGUGAGAAUUUAUAAUGUAUGCAUCGAAUUUCUAUUUAAUAUUAAUGUUUUGUUAUAUAGUGUUGAAUACUCUGUCAUACAUUGUGAUAUUAACUCAAGUUCUAAAAUUUUCAGUCAUAAAAUUGCUGAGAAAAUUUGCAUAAGCUUGACGUGCAUAAAUUCCGUCGCACUUAAAAUCUUUUGGAUCAUUUAGUGAAUUUUCCAUAAUUCAUUUUACAAAUUCUGAUUUCUUCUGUUCCAUUUUUUAACCAUGCUUGAUAGUUUCAUUACAAUAAAAUAAUUUGUGAGAAAUU